GGACAGAGAGGAGUCGGAGGGAGAGAGAAAAGAGAGGAGCAGAUAGGUUUGUGUGAGCUGAAAAUCCCUGAAGAUAUUGCCUCAUUUAACUGCUCUAGACGGCUGCAACACUCAUGCAGCCGGGUGGUUGACUGUGGAGACCCAGAGCCAGUGAUCUCGUGCUGACUUAAGUCCUUUAAUAGUUACCCUAACUUGUCUUUCUGACUUGGCAACCCGGUGACAAAUAUCUCAGAAUGUAUCACCAAUGUCCCCCAACUAUAAAACUAGAGCCGCCAGAUAACAUUUGAAAUUAUUAUAGAGCAGAUCCCGCCCGCCAGAUGCAGCACCAAUUUCUCUGGCAUCUGCAUUCCCAGCCUUGGUCACUCACCUGGCUUAGAGUAAACUAGUCUUUCCUUUAAGAGCACGGUUCCUUCCUGUCACCGGUGACCUUUGGGGCCAUUUUUGAGUGGUUUGAAUAGAAAUCUCAGCGGAUUUUCUGAAGCGAGGGUGUGUAGUGUGUUUGGGUGGGAAGGAGCAAAUGGCUCACCUGGACCCUCCGGCGUGAGGUCAUGGUCAUGGUCAGCUUAGAUCCUGGAAUGAAACAGAGUGGAAGGGUUCUUCACCCUACCACAGUGCUCACUUGGGCCAAUCCCGCAAGAUGCAAGUCUAACCAGAGCCUUGCUUUCCGAGGGAAGGCGAGCUCCUCUCCAUGACACCUUGAUGAGGCAGGGCACUGCAGUGACAAACCGAUGUGGUGUGGAGCCCCAGGCCCUCUCCUGACUGCGGGCUCGCCUGCACCUAUCGCGAGGUUCCAAGCUUCAGCCAGGACACUCCCUCAGCCUGGGCGCGCUGUUCCCGGCCGGCCCUGGACAGUAUCCCACGCUGGUCUCCCACACGCGUGGGUCCCGGAGAGGGGGCAAUCAAAUUCGGCGGCCACCAGCAACUGAUCACCGUGGAGAAACAGCACCCAGGCCGCAGGGCGGCCCCGGGCUCCCUCGGCCAUGGCCCCCGCGUCCAGGUCCUUGCUGUCGCCGCCGACUUCGCUGCUGCUGCUGCUGUUGCUGCUGAGCUUGGCGCUGCUGGGCGCCCGCGCCGAGCCCGCCGCCGGGAGCGCUGUCCCCGCGCAGAGCCGUCCGUGUGUGGACUGCCACGCAUUUGAAUUCAUGCAGCGCGCCCUUCAGGACCUACGGAAAACGGCCUACAGCCUGGACGCUCGGACGGAGACCCUUCUGCUGCAGGCAGAGCGCCGGGCUCUGUGUGCCUGCUGGCCAGCUGGACGCUGAAGAUCCUUGGCCAGUGAUGGUCCCUGUCAAUAAAUGCCUGCUAGCA